UGGGAAUCUAAGGAUUAUAUAGCUUGAAACUGCAAAGUUUCACAUCGGCCACUACUCAUAUUUAUGCGUUUCUGAAUACAGGGAGCAGCAGCAAGAAGAAGAGCAAGAAGAAGAAGAAACGGGUUCCAGCCAUAGUAAAGAUACCUAAGAGCACAAAUGAAAUGGAUAUUACUUGCGGAACAUUGAGCAGUUUUGUUGACAAGUUCUGGGACCUAGUGCUGGACCCAACUUGCGAGCAGUUUCAUCAUCUGUUUUACUAUCACAGAAACAUUAAGCAGCUCAAUGAACGACUUGUGGAACUCGUCGAUGAAAGAAGCUCCAUACAACAUCAAAUAGAUGAGGCUACAAACAAUGCAGAACAAAUUGAAGACAAGGUUCUUCAUUGGUUGUGCAAAGUAGAUGAGAUUUCAGAGCAAAUUCAAAAGUUUCAUGUAGAAGAGAGUCAGGCAAAAACAGAGUGUAGCGUAACUUCAUGUCCCAACCCGUGGCUACGCUAUAAAUUAAGCAAAAGAGCAAAGGCAAUGGCACAAGAAGUUGUUGAAAUUUGUAGAAAGGGAAAUUUCAAUACAGUUUCAUAUCGCGUUCUUCCCCCGUCCAUGCCAGAAUUAGUCAACAGAGAAAGCAAUGAAGGAAUUGGUUCAAGAGUGCAGCUUGUGAAUCGAAUUAUGGAGGAAUUACGGAAUCCAAGUGUUAAUAUGAUCGGAUUGUGUGGGCCUGGUGGUGUUGGCAAGACCACUAUAGCUAAAGAGGUAGCAAAGAGCCAAAAGAUGUUUUCAAAGGUGAUCAUGGCGACUGUUUCUGAUGAGUUGAACGUUGAGAAGAUUCAAGGCCAGAUUGCUGAGAAGCUGGGUAUGCAACUCAAUGAAAAAACUGAAGAAGUAAGAGCUUGUCGUCUCUGUGAGAGGUUAAAGCUAGAGAAGAAUAUGCUCCUCAUAUUGGACGAUCUUUGGGAGGAACUUGAUUUGGGAAGCGUUGGAAUUCCCUUUGUUGAUGUUGAAAAUUAUAGCAAAAAGGACGGAGGUUGCAAAAUUUUACUAACUUCAAGGAAUGAAACGCUACUGUCACACCGCAUGAAAUGUCAAAAACUUAUCAAAAUAGGUGUUUUGUUAGAGAAUGAAGCAUUGGAGUUGUUCAAGAGGAUUGCUGAACUUUCUGCUGAUUCAAGCAAUCUUGAGCUGAUAUCUAUAGCCUCUGAGAUUGUUCAAAAGUGUGGACGCUUGCCGCUAGCGAUUGCUACAGCUGCUAAGGCAUUGAGGGGAAAAAAUCUGGAUGAGUGGAAAGAUUACCUUGCACGAUGGAGAAAUCAUUUGAGGAGAAACAACACAGGAAUUAAAGAGGUGGAUUCUUCUUUGAAGUUGAGCUACGAUCCUCUAAGCUUGGAGAAUAAAACUAUUUUCUUGCUCUCUGCCAUGUUGUCCCAUGAUCCCUCAAUUGAUGACCUGCUCAUGUACUCUCUGGGAUUAGAUAUUCUUGAAGGCAUAGAAAACAUAGAAGAAGCCCACGUUGGAAUAUGUGCUAUUGUAAGUAAGCUAAAAUCAUCAAACUUAUUUCUUGAUAGCUUUUCUGGUCGUCGUGUUACAAUACAUGACGUCUUUCGAGAUGUUGCAUUAUCAAUUGCUUCCAAUGAAUUAAAUGUUUUCAUUGUGAGGCAUAGAAGCUUGAAAGAAUGGCCAGACAAAAAUAAGCUAGAAGGCUACAAGGGAAUUUGCUUACAAGAGAGUGACAUCAGUGAGCUUCCAGAAGAGCUGCAUGGUCCAAGAUUAGAAUUUUUUCUACUAGACAGCACAAAGCGUGAUUUGACCAUAUCCAACAUGUUGUUCAAAUCUUCAAGGGAGAUGAAAGUGUUGGCUUUUACCAAUGUGCAUUUUUCAUCACUACCAUCACUUAGUUUCUUACAAAAACUAAAAACAUUGUGUCUACACUCUUGCUUACUAGAAGAUAUAGCUGAGGUUAGAAGCUUGAAGAAUUUAAAAGUCCUGAGUCUUGCCUACUCUGAAAUUCAACGACUACCAGCUGAAUUGGCACAACUGUCUUCUUUACAAAUGCUGAAUUUGGCCCACUGCUCUGAACUCAAAGUGAUUCCCCCAAAGCUCCUAUCUAGCUUGAAAAAAUUGGAAGUUUUGUACAUGGGAAAUAGCUUUAAUCGAUGGAAAGUUGAAGGAUCCAGUGAAGCUAUUGAAAAUGCAAGUCUUGAAGAGUUAAAGGAUUUGCCGAUCUCUUCACUAGAUGUUCAUAUUCCUAAUGUCUCUAUGUUGCCGGAGAACUUGUUCUUAGAUGUGCAUUUGAAGAGAUACAGAAUACUCAUUGGACAGCAUUGGGAAUGGCAAGGCAAUUAUGAAAGUUCAAAGAUAUUGAAAAUUGAGCUUGAGAGUAGCAUCCAUUUGAACACUGGGGUUCGAAAGUUAAUGAGGGGAGCUGAAGAUUUGUAUUUAUAUGGAUCUAAUGGGCUUGAAAAUGUUCUUCGUGGUCAUGAUGGAAGAGCAUUUCCACAUUUAAGGCAUCUUCAGAUUGAAAGUAAUGAUACCGUUAGAUACAUUGUUUUGAACUCGGCACAUCAUGAAGCUGCAAAAAAUAACGUAUCUAAUAAAAUGUCGAAGUUACUUCUCAACCAGGUGUUGCUUCCAAAAUUAGAGAGGUUGGAAUUGUCCAAUUCAAUCAAUUUGAUUCCAACGAUAUGGGACGACCAACUUUCACACACCUCAUUUAGCAAUUUGAAAACAUUGAUUGUGAAAAACUGUGGCUUUGUGAAAUUAGUGCCCCUUUGUGUGCUAAAAUCUUUAUACAAUUUGGAAGAACUGGAAGUCAGGAAUUGUCACAUGUUGGAGAUGGUGCUUGAUUUUGAAGAUUUGAACGAAUAUAGAGAGACGGUGUCAUCAUCAACCCAGGUUGUGCCACUGAAGAAGUUAAAGCUAUGUGGAUUGCCAAAAUUGAAGAAUGUGUGGAGCAAUCACUACCAAGGAAAUGUCUUCUUCCCAUGUCUAAGGAAUGUCAAUGUUUUUAGAUGUGAAAGUCUCACAAGUAUAUUUCCUGCAUCCAUAGCCAAAGGCAUGCUUUGUGAUCUUGAAGAGCUUCGAAUAUAUCAUUGCGGUGCGGAUGUAAUUGUUGCAAAAGACCAAGUUUCAGAAUCUGCUGUUGCUGCAUUUGAGUUUCCUAGGCUGACUUCCCUUCAGCUUUAUUCGCUUGAAAAUUUGAAGAACUUUUAUCCACAGAGACACACAUUAGAAUGGCCAAAACUUCAACGAUUAUCUAUUAGGUAUUGCGAUGAGUUAGAGAUAUUUGAAAAGGAAGCCUCAAAUUCAUUUGAAAUACAUGAGGAAGGAAGCACACUAGACUCAAAAUAUCAUCUACUAUCCUAUCACAAGGAUAUUCGUAAUUUGGAGCAGUUGAGAUUAGGCGGUAAAGGGGCUGAGAUGAUAGGGAGUGGCCAGUUUCCAACGUACCCCUUCCCCAAAGUAAAACUGCUUCAUCUCUCUGUAAAGAAAGCCACAACUAUAUCGUACAAAUCAUUGUUGAAGAGCUUUUCAAAAUUAGAGGAGUUAGUGUUGGGUGGUGACAUUAAGGAGGCCUUUGGAGGGGACGAAGUUCCCUUUCCAAUAAAAUUGACUCUUCAGAAUCUUUACAAGAUGAAAAGCCUGGCACCAUCCUUAGUUUCUUUACCAAAUCUCACACAUCUUACAGUGACAAUUUCUUUUCAGUUGACCACUUUGAUGACGUCAUCAACUGCUCGAAGCUUGGCCCAUCUCACACAUCUCUCAAUUGAUCAGUGCUUUGAAACAAAGGAAAUCAUAUCGAAGCAGGAAGGAGAGGAUGAUGAGGAUAAGGAAAUCUGUUUCAACAAAUUGCAGUACUUGCAAUUUCAAAGAUGUCCAAGAUUGAAGAGAUUUUGCAGCCAUAAUUAUACUUUCAGGUUUCCAUUAUUGGAUACUCUAAUCAUAACCAAAUGUCCAAUAUUUAAAAUAUUCUGUCCAGGAGUCAUUGAUACGCCAUCUCUUAAAAACAUUCAACUGUCACAUGACUGGGGAAAUCAUCAUGAAAUUUGGGACACCAACCUUAACAAAACAAUCAACCAACAGCGAUUUGUCGGUACAAGAAAGCUGGUGUUAGAUGAGGAUGAUGUCAGCAUGAUAAGUAAUGACCAAUUUCCAGCGGACCGUUUCUCUCACGUGGAAAUUCUUCGCAUAGAAGGAUUUGUUGGUGAAGGGGGAACUCUGCCUUGCCAAUUUGACGGUGCUCAAGGUGUCCCAGUGUAA